AUGUUUUGUCGCUACUUCCAUGAGAUUGGUGUUCCCCUUCGCCUGCGAACGGAUGGAGACCCCCAGUUCACCAGCCAGGAAUUCCGGAGCUUCGCAGAGCAAUGGGGUGUGCGACAUAUCGUCACAUCACCUCACUACCCGCAAGCUAAUGGUCAUGCUGAGGCCGCUGUGAAAUCCAUCAAGCACCUCAUCCUCAAGGUGGCUCCCUCAGGUGACAUAGAUUGCGAGGAGUUCGACCGAGGUUUGCUGGAACUUCGGAACACUCCCAACUUCACCGGCCGUUCCCCAGCUCAGGUGCUCUACGGCCACCCUCUCCGGUCCUGCGUUCCUGCCCACCUCGACUCUUUCUCCAUGGAGUGGCAGUCCAAAGCUGAGGAUUGCGAUCGUCGUGCGGCUACCCAUACUGAAAAUGUUGCAGUCCAGUAUGACAACCAGGCACGCGAACUUCCCAAGCUGCAGGUCGGACAGCAAGUCAGGCUACAGGACCCGAAGACCCACCGCUGGGACAAAGUCGGCGUUGUCAUGAGCGUUGGCAAAGCCAGGACCUACGAAGUGCGUGUCCCCAGUGGUCGUGUGUACUGGCGCAACCGCCGCUUCUUGCGCCCAGUCCGCAAUACCGACGAUCCUCCUCAGUGUGAAGCCCCUAGUGAUGGACCACCUGCAGAGUUGCAUCGCUCCAAGAGGCUUCAAGGCAGACUAUCCGCUCGAGAAUGA